ACGAGCUGUUCGGCGAGCAGGAGUCGCUGGUGGUGCCCGAGACGCCCGAGCCGGCGUCGCCGGCGGAGAACGGCGACGCCGCUACCGCCGACGGCGGCGACUCAGACGGUGCCGAGCUCGACCCGCCGCCGCCGCCAGAGGGGACCGCCGACGGCAGCGAUGCGGCGGUGGCGGAGUUGGCGGCCAACGGUUCGCCCGCCCCCGGCUCGCCGGGUGUCCAGGUCAAGUCUGAACCGACGCUGGAAAACGGCGACUCAGACCUGACGGAUUUCAACGCCGAGACUGACGAGCACGCACCGGCCCAGUCCCAGGAGGAACCAGGCGGCGCUGACCUGGGCCUAGCCAUCGUCAAAGUGGAGCCAGUCACCGAGCUGAUGGAAACAGAGGAGGCCGUCGUCAAAGUGGAGCCCGGCGAUCCUAGCUCGGCCGAGGGCUGUUGCGGGGCGGACGGGCCUCUGUCUGCGGACGGGUGCGACCCGGACGAGCAGAACGAGCGCGACCGGUGCGCACUGCUGGCCAGCAGUGACGAUGAGGACGCUGGCGGCGAGGUGCGGCGCACGCUGCGGCAGCGGGUCGCCGACAAACCGGCGAACGGCGCCACGGACUCUGGUGAUGGCGCAGUGAGAACGUGGCCUAGGCGCCGGCGCAGAGGCAACCGGGCUGACGGCGGAGAGGGCAAGAUGACGGCCCGAUCGCGGCGUCAGAGGGCGGGAGGCAUACCCGCUGUCAGCGGUUCCGACUCUGGCGAUGGCAAAACAGCGGGACUGUCGGAACCCGACAGAGUAGGUGACUCUGACUCGACAGUGGCUCAGUCGAAUCUAGACAAUCCAGACGACUUGGACUCUGGAGAUAACAAAAAUGCAACUCGGUCGAAGUCCGCCGAACAGGUAGACAACGGCGCUGGUUCAGGAGAUGACAAAACAGCGAUUCCGUGUAAACACAGCGAGUCCGCUGACAACAACUCGGACGCGGGGGAAGACCAGGCGACAAUCAGGGCAACAAGACGCGGCAAACCCCGUGGCGGUCGCUCCAGUUCGGAGGAGGACAAGGCGCCAGCCCGGCCGGCACGCAGGAAGCGCACGGAGAGCGGCUCGUCCUCUGCCGAGGACGAGAUGGCGGCGCGGUCGAGCAGCGCCAGCUCUGGCCGGUCGCAGCGGUGGGGGCGGCGGGCGGGCGGCGGCCGGCGCGUAGGGAAGCGGCGGUGGGCGCCGGCUGGGCCGCCCGAGGCAUCGGCCGACUGUUGCGUGCUGCUCCACCGUCUGCCGGGCGCCAUGGUGCGCGAGGCGGCCAAGAGGGGCUCCGUGAGGAUCACCCGCCGCGUCACCAAGCGUCUCUCCAAGGAGGAGAUGGAGAUGCGCAGGUUAACCAACAUUGACGCUCUCCUGCGAUCCUCGUCGGCGAAGAAUAUCUCUGCUGACGAUUCAGAGGACGACGAUUCUGACUCUGCUCGCCGGAAGAAGCCCAGGAGAGUGCAGAAGCGGACUACUCGUUCGGCCGCCAAGCCGAAGGCCUCGCUGCGGGACAUGAGCUCGGACGGCGAGGACGGCGCCGGAUCGACCGCCGAGGAGAGCGACGCCGGCCGGCCGCCGCCGCUGCCGCUCGCUGAGAAUGAGUUCGACCGCGACCAGCUGAUGGCGUCCGGCUCUGCCAGCAGCAGCGACGACGACGUUUCUUCAACAUCCGAAGACGAUGACGACUCUGAUUUCGUGCCCAGCGAGAGCGAUAGGAAGUCCAAGACCAAAAAUCGGAAAGGACAAAAGGAAAAGGGAAAAGACGACAAACUUAAGAAGAAGACAAAGCGGGAGGAUAAGUCGGAGGAUGAGGGCGACGACAAAUUAAAGAGUGACGAGGACGAAGAGGACAACAAAACGGAUGGCGAAGACGAAUCGGGCUCUCAAGCCAAGGAUAAAAGCAAGGACCGCAAAAGGCUUCCCACGCGCGUGCGAAAGCUUCUUAACGGGAAGUUAAGCGCCACGGACUCAAGCGAAGAGGAUGAAAAAAUGCGAUCAAAGGUUCUUAUAAAGAGGGAAAAGGAGGCAGAAAAGGCUCAAGAUAAAGAGGGCGAGUUAGACGCAAAAUCAGAGGAAGAAGAUAAUGUUCCAGAUGAGCUGCCAAAGCUGUUGAAGCUGUCGUCAUCCGAAGAAGACGAAGUGACAGAGAAUAAACGGACUCCACGAAAGAGGCGCGUCAUGGUGCUGGACGACUCUGACUCGGACCUCUGCGUCCUCGACUCGGACGCGGAGGACGCCGCCGGACCGUCCUCCAAGAAGCGAGCGCGAUCGUCAUCGUCCUCAUCCUCGCCCUCGUCCUCCGCGAAGUCGGAGGACAGCGCCGACGACUUCAAGCCGGCCAAGAAGACGCGUUCGCGGGCUCGCCUGAAGCGGAUCCGUCGCAUGAGCGACGAGAGCGGGUCCUCCGAGCACAGCGACGACAGCGUCACUGAGAUCAAGGCCGACUCUCAGGGCACGCCAUCCAAGGGCGGUCGGAAGAACAUCCGGCACAUCCGGCAGGCCGAGCUCUCCACCAAGGAGGCGUCGGCGGCCGAGCUGGCGCGCCGCAAACGCAUCGAGGAGAAGCAGGCCAGGUAUAAUGAGCUGUUCCAAAUGGAGUCCGCUUCAUCGGAGCCGGAGGCGCUGAACAAACUGAUCCUCGACUUUGAUCCGGAAAAGAAGAAGCCACUAGUGUCCGUGCACAAGAACUUUGUCAAGAUUCUGAAGCCGCAUCAGGUGGACGGCGUCAAGUUCAUGUUCGACUGCACCGUGGAGACGGUGGCUCGCCUGCACGACGAGAGCAACACGGACAACUCGGGCUGCAUCCUGGCCCACUGCAUGGGCCUGGGCAAGACGCUGCAGGUGGUGGUGCUGCUGCACACGCUGCUGGACAGCGCCGAAACGCGAGGCAAGAUGGCCUGCGCGCUGGUCGUCUGCCCGAAGAACACCGUGCAAAACUGGGUCCGCGAACUGAAGCAGUGGCAGAAGAGGUGCCGCGUCCCGGAGGUGGACGUCAUCGAUAUCACGUUCCGCAAGGACAACUACGAGCGCUCGUUCGAGCUGGAGGAGUGGCGGACGGAGGGCGGCGUGUGCGUGCUCAGCUACGACAUGUACAAGCGCUUCUGCGGCACCGGCGGCAAGAAGGGCUACGUCAAGAAGCAGAAGGACCGCUUCCAGAAGGCUCUGGUCGACCCUGGACCCGACAUUGUCGUCUGUGACGAGGGCCACCUGCUGAAGAACCCGCGCACGGCCGCCUUCAAGAGCCUGCACCAGAUGAAGUGUCGGCGCCGCGUCAUCCUGACCGGCACGCCUCUGCAGAACAACCUCCGCGAGUACCACACCAUGGUGGAGUUCGUCAAGCCCCGCCUGCUGGGCAGCGAGUCGGAGUUCAGCAACCGCUUCAUCCGACCCAUCGAGAACGGGUCGGCCGUGGAUGCCCAACCGCGCGACGUCAGGCUCAUGAAGCGGCGCUCGCACGUGCUGCACAAGCUGCUGGACAGCGUCGUCCAGCGGCGCGACUACAACGUGCUGACGCCGUUCCUGCCGCCCAAGCUUGAGUUCACCGUGCUAGUGCGGUUGAGCGAAGUGCAGCGCAAGCUGUACACCGGGUACCUGGCCACGCAGGCGCGCCAAGCGUCCCGCCGCGUGCUGGCCGACUUCCAGGCGCUGAGCCGCGUGUGGACGCACCCGCGCACUAUCCAGAUGAAGGACGAGCUAGACGAGAUCCAAGAUGAACUGAAGUCGGAACGGGAGGCGAUGGAGCGGUUCGUCGCCGACGACGACGCCUCGACAUCCGGGGAGGAGACCGCCAAGGACAGCGGCUCGGGCGGCGAUGAGAAGAAGGAAGGCGAAGCGGAGGCCGGCCCGCCGGAGCCCGAGUGGUGGCGGCCCUGCAUCCCUGAUGGUGUCGAGCUGGACGACCCCUCGCUCAGCGGCAAGCUCACCCUGCUCAACGACCUGCUCAUCAAGUGCGAGAACAUCGGAGACAAGCUGCUGGUGUUCAGCCAGUCUCUCUUCUCGCUGAACCUAAUCGAGGAGCAUCUGGCGCGGCUGCACCGGGAGAUGCAGAAGCGGCGCAACGGGCCCGACAAGCACCCGUCGCACGUCUAUUUCGGCACUUGGAAGCCGGAUUACGACUACUUCCGGCUGGACGGCAGUACGCCGGAAGAUCGACGGCAGCUCAUGUGCGACCGCAUCAACAAGGCCUCCAACGAGAGGGCCCGUCUGAUGCUGAUCUCCACUAAGGCCGGAGGGCUCGGCAUCAACUUGGUGGGCGCCAACCGGGUGGUGAUCUUCGACGCCUCGUGGAACCCCACGGCCGACUCGCAGGCCAUCUUCCGCGUGUACCGCUUCGGCCAGGAGAAGCCCUGCUACGUCUACCGGUUCAUCGCACAGGGCUGCAUGGAGGAGAAGAUCUACGACCGCCAGAUCACCAAGCUCUCGCUGGCGUGCCGCGUGGUGGACGAGCAGCAGGUGGAGCGGCACUUCAACCAGCACGACGUCGAGGAGCUGUACGAGUUCGAGCCGGACCGGAAGCGCACGGCCGGCCUCGUCGUGCCCAAGGACGACCUGAUGCUGAUGGAGCUGGCCUCGGAGCAGAGCCAAUGGGUCUGCAGCGUACACGGCCACGACUCGCUCCUGCAGAACCUGGUAGACGAGGAGCUGAACGCGGACGAGCAGCGUGCCGCUUGGGAAGAGUACGAGAACGACAAGCGCGGCGUGCCCAACGUGGGCGACACCAUCCCGCUGAUCGACGGCAAAGCCAUCGACAAGGCCACUGUCAUCCAGAUGAUCAAAAAUGACAACCCCACCGCCACGGACAACGAGGUGCUGUUGAUGAUUCCCAAGGCCAUCCAGACGCUGCGCGCUUACUACUUCAAGAAGCAGCAGCAGGAGCGGCGCGCCAGGGAGGAGCAGUACAUGCGCGCCCUGGAGCAGCAGCGGCAGAAGAUGUACGGCCAAGCGGGCAAGCCGUCGUCCGUCGACAUGAACACCUACAACCAGAUGCUGCAGCUGCUGGCCAAGCAGUGGGGAGGACAGCCGGCCUCGUCCAUGUCCCGACAGCUGCUGGGACAGCCGUCGGCGGCCGCCAGACAGCCGGCGCCGGGCAGCGUGCGGGGCCUGGCCGAGGCGGCCGCGGCGUUCCGCGCCGACGCCGCGCGGGCCGGCCCGUCCGGUGCCCAGCUCCCGGGCGGUGUCAAGCUGCCCAAGGCACUGCAGAUCCGGCCGACCAAGGACAAAGCAGAGGACCAAGACGGACACAAGGAUGGCAAGCCCACCCCGCCCCCCGCUAUUGUGGACAUCACAUAAUCUUCCCGAGGCUAGAGCAUCAUUAUCUCGACGUCACCAUUCAUCGUCCGUUACCACCAGCUGUCACUUCACGCUAGCGUGAGCAGAGAUGGCUGACGUCACCACAUCGUCACCCGAGGAUGACGUCACCAGGCUGCCAACGUCACUCCACCGUGAACCAGGAUCGCCGACGUAACCAGAACCCUACCAACGGGCGCGCCGCCGUCUGCGGCUGUUGGUCCACCUUCCAGCCGGCUUCGGCGCUCAGUCCGGUAGUGCCGCGCACCGGCCGCGCCGCCGCCAGCCCGGGGCAGCCGGCCGCGCCGCCGCCAGCCCGGGGCAGCCGGCCGCGCCGCCGCCGGCCCGAGGCAGCCACGGGCGGCCCUGCGCAGCCGCCACUGCCAGCCACGGCCGUCUAGCUUCGAUGUGCGCAGGCCUGCUGUGACCCGAGGUCACGGACGCAGUGGCUGCGGCGGCGAUCAGGGACGCACUGAUGCAGCUGUGGCUCGGCUGGCGCUGACGAAUUGCGCCGCGAACGAGAUGGGCUGGUAUUUUUACAGGAUGCGCAGAGGUUUGUACGUGGUCCUUGCUGUGUGUAACCGAACACUGGAAAAGUGGGGGCUUUGGUCUGUCCAAUAGCGUCACGCUUACUGUCGCCGUGACGGCUUGUCCAUUACUAUUUUCUGUCGCGGUUGUUGUUUUGAUUUUUUGCCAAGUUGACCGACUUUUGGAGCUGUAGUGUAUCAUAUACGCGUAUCCUAUACUUCAUGCCAAAAAUAAAGUGGCGUUCCGUCGCUCUUCUCCAACGCGUUGUCAGCGAUGUCCAGGUCGCUACCCGGCACCAUGGUCGUGAAGCUCCACUGAGUGUUGCGGGCGUGCCGUAGCUGGCGCCCCACAUACGCUACGCACCGAAUGGUCUGGGGAUAGUGAACAUCGUUUUAGGUAAUGUUACUGUUGCAAGAAAUAAACAAGA